CAUCUUGUGUUUUAGGAACCUCCAAUGGUGUGUAAUUUGUGUGCAUCGUUUCUCCGAUGUGGGCACUACAGGGGAGAGACAAAUGGACAUGAAGAGUCGCCAGGAUUAGCAACAAUCAGAAUGAAGCCUGAUGACCAAGGGCGAUUUGGAUUUAAUGUGAAGGGUGGUGCAGAUCAAAACUUACCAAUUUUAGUUUCAAGAGUAGCUCCGAACACUCCUGCUGAUACUUGUACUCCUAGGUUAAAUGAAGGCGAUCAAGUACUUAUGAUAAAUGGUCGAGAUGUAAAUGGAUUAACUCAUGAUCAGGUUGUAAAACUGAUAAGAGCCUCAAGGGAAAGACAUCCUGCCGAGCUUGUUCUAACUGUUCGUCCAAAUAAUGUAUAUGUGGGAGAGGAUGUUGAAGAACCAGAUUUUCAGUAUAUACCUGAUGCUCCUCAUGUAUCAUCAAAAGUUCCACGCUCUGAUGUUCUGUCAGAAUCUAUGUUGCUUCUCAGUGAAGGUCUUGAAAGUGGAGCCCUUGUUGCACAAUUUGAACAAUUGUACAGAAAGAAACCUGGUAUGACGAUGAAUAUGGCAAAAUCAUCAGAAAACCUUGUAAAAAACAGAUAUAGGGAUAUUUCUCCUUAUGACAGUACCAGAGUAAUCUUACUUGGAAGUUCAACUGGUGAUUAUAUAAAUGCUAGCCAUGUUCAUAUGGAAAUUCCUACGUCAGGAAUAGUGAAUAGGUAUAUAGCUACUCAAGGUCCACUUCCCAACACAACUGGUGAUUUCUGGCAUAUGGUUUGGGAACAACAGUCAACAUUAAUUGUGAUGGUUACAACGAUAAUGGAAAGGGGGCGAACAAAGUGCCACAAAUACUGGCCGAAAUUGUAUGACACAUUGGAUCUAGGAAUUCUUCGGAUAUCUUGCAUGAAAGAAAGAGAAAGUUCUUCAUUAUCAUUUAGAGAGUUUACAUUAAUUAACUCUGAGGAUAAUGAAGAAAGACAUAUUACACACAUGCAAUACACAGCAUGGCCAGAUCAUGGAGUUCCUGAUGAUGCCUCUGAUUUUUUAGACUUUGUAUCUCAGGUUAGACAAAACAGAGUUGGAAUGGUUGAUUCCACAAUAGUCCAUUGCAGUGCUGGCAUUGGGCGAACUGGUGUAUUAAUAUUAAUGGAAACAGCCAUGUGCCUUAUAGAAGCCAAUGAACCUGUCUAUCCAUUAGAUAUUGUGAGAGCAAUGAGAGACCAGAGGGCAAUGCUAAUUCAAACUACUAGUCAAUAUAAGUUUGUCUGUGAAGCUAUUUUAAAAGUUUACAAUGAGAGAAUAGUUAAACCUUUAGAAGAAUAUCAAAGGUGAAACUUGCUAAAGCAGUACAGAUUACUCAUGUGAUUCUUCUUAUGCUGUCUAGUGCCUAUCCACAUAUUUGUAUAUCAAUUAAUUGCCUCUGAACAUCCAUUUUUAUGGUGGCUUGUCCUUUGUGCUGGAUUGGUCAGACCCUUGCCCCAAUGACGUACCUUGAGUGGAACUUUGUUAGUGACAUGCUUUAAAGGGUGAACGUGUUGAAGUGUCUGUGUGCUGUUAGUGUGUGUGGGCUUUGAAGAUUUUAAGUUUCGGUUAGCUGUUGCAAAAAGCUGUCUUGUUGGUGCUUCCGUUGAACGUAGUUAACCCACUUUGAUUGUCAUUUUCAUCGUGGGCAUAGUUCUUGGUACAUUUUUAUGGGUUUAUUUUUGUAGAACACCUAUACAUUGUACAUAAAAAAAAUAAGUGUAGAUAAUUGUACUCUUGGGUACAUCAAGCAUUUUCAUUUGUACAGUAUAUGUAGUCUUCACAAUCAUGGUACC